AUGGAUCUUGAGACAAUGUUCAAAGAAAGCUAUGUCUCACAGCCAAUGGACUUACAAGAAAGCUGCUUGCAACCUAGCAUGAAAGAUAUGCUUCCUUUUGGGAAUCUUCCAUCUCAUGGAUUGUUUCAAGAUUUUCACCAUAUUGAUCAGUUUCAUCACGUGAAUGUCUCCUCAUCCAUCCAAACUCCAAAUUUUGAUGUUUUUGACAAUUUCACCAUUACAGGUUCAUCACCUGAUUUCGAUUUUUAUGAGUUUAAGCCUUUUGUGGAGGAUGGUGGUAAUGGGCAUGGGCAUGCUCAUGUUAUGGACAAUUUCCUUUAUGGAAAUUAUAGCUUGAACCUCCCUCCAAGGAAUCAACUAGAUAUGAUGGUUGCAAAUCAAAGUUUUUUGCCUUUUAAUCCUCAAGAAAUCAAGCCCUCCAAUUUUGUUGUACCGGAUGAAGUUUCACGCAUAUCCCCGAUGAAUUAUUACAAAAGAGUUGGCGAGAACAAAAAUGACAAAUCUUAUCCAACCACUAGAAGAACAUACAAAGUUCGCAAGAAGUCCAACGUAGUAAAGGGCCAGUGGACAAUAGAAGAAGAUGGGUUGUUGAUUCAACUGGUGGAACAAUAUGGAUUGAGGAAGUGGUCUCAUAUUGCUAAGAUAUUGCCCGGAAGAAUUGGAAAACAGUGCAGAGAGAGAUGGCAUAACCAUCUAAGGCCUGACAUUAAGAAGGACACAUGGACUGAUGAAGAGGAUAAAGUACUAAUCGAAGCUCAUGCUGAGGUAGGAAAUAAAUGGGCAGAGAUUGCUAAAAAGUUGCCAGGAAGAACUGAGAACUCAAUUAAGAACCAUUGGAAUGCAACCAAGAGAAGGCAAUAUUCCAGAAGAAAGUGUCGCUCAAAAUACCCUAGAGGCACUCUUCUGCAAGAGUACAUCAAGAGCUUGAACUUAGACAAGAACCCCCCAAGAGAUUAUAGGAGAAAAUCUUCUUCUAAUUAUUCUAGUGCCAUCAUGAGUAACAACGAAACCACCACAAGCAAAGUCACUACGACUGCACCAACUUUGCCCCAGACAGCAUUUCAAUUUUGUGCUGCCACUGAUUGCUUGGCACCAAACUAUGAUUUUAAUGUGGUCCCUGAUUUCUUCUUUGGCGAGAAUUUCUUUGAAGAAGGGUGUAGCAUUGAUUCUCUUCUGGAUGGUGUGCCUUGUGCUCCUCUUAUGGAUAAUAUGAAAGAUUUUGAAGGAAAAUUGCAAUGUGAUGAUCGUACAAUGUGUGUUCCUUUUGUUAAUAUCGAUGAGAAUCAUGUUGAGACAGAGAUGCCACUUGAGAUGAUGGGGGUUGAAGUAAAGAAGGAGCUGGAUUUGGUUGAGAUGAUGUCUCAGAUUAGUAAUGAAAUUCUUCGUGUGUGA